CUGAAAAGAAAUCAGUUUUAAAUGGGUAAUAUCUGCAUUUCUGACUAGAUUCCCGAGUAAACGGCCAGUAUAUUAAAUAUAACAGAUUUUACCUGGAGGUCAUAAGGAUCCCAGCAGACAUCUUUGACCUUUAACUGAAGGUGUUGUAGGGCUGCGGCAUUCAGAGCAGAGCUAACCUGACAUGAGGCGGUACAAACGGUUCUGUUCAGGAUAUGACAGUUACUGAUGCUGCUGACAUGCAGUCAGUGCUGGGCCCUGAACAUCAAAAGUCUCAAGGUUCUGGUCCAUCAGCACCAUGUGCCCUUUGGCCAGUGGACCUCAAAUUAACUCACUUGGACUGGAACCCUGAGGCCACCCUGAUUCACUUUCAGGGACAGUACCUCACUGUAUGUGAGCUAGACUAUAACAUCUUGCAGGGAGAAAUACAGAACAUACCAAAGACAAAAGCUGCAGUGGAUAUUGGAGAGUUUUGUCUUGUAGAAGAUUUGACUACAGCCCGCUGGUACAGAGGAAGAGUUCAGAACCGAAAUGAGGAUCUGUUUGAUAUUUUCCUCAUAGAUCACGGUAAUGUCUUGAGUGUCGACGUUACCCACAUAUCUUCCUGUUCAAAUGACCUGUUCAUUCUACCUCCAAAAAUAGUUUGCGGCUUUCUUGCAAAUGUUUUGCUGCUUCAAAGUUGUUCUUAUUCUGGAGUGGAGGAGUACUUCUCAUGCCUGAUUGGAAGAAAUGUCACGGGUUACAUUCAGGCCCUCCUUCCCCACAAAGUCCUCUUACUGGAAGCCCCUGACAUUAACAACGACCUUGUUAGACAUGGGUUUGGGAGGCAUGUCGACACAGAUACUUUCCUCCUCUUGGUUGAGAUGCUUACAGAGGUGCCGCUUAAACAAAAUGUAGAGCCAGUUCCUGAUUUACUCAUUGAAAAGCCAAGGGGACAAGAAUUCUGCUUCAAACCAUCCAGUUUACAGGGGUAUGAAGACAUUCUGUCAUUCUGCGGGCCUAGAUUGAUUUGUGGGACACGUGCUAAAGUGCGAGUAACUGCUGCUGUCAACCCUGGGCUGUUUUACUGUCAGAUGGCCAGUAUGGAAACAGAUCUUUGGGAAAUUUCAAAGAAGCUGGCUAAAGUUUGUGAGCACAGAACCAAAGACUGGAAUCAGAAGACUCAAGAAAACCUAGGGUUACUGUGCUCAGUUAAAGGCAAAGAUGGGAAAUGGCACAGAGGCUUUGUGCAGUUUCUCCCCAUCAACUCUCAAGUUAGAGUGUUGUUCAUUGACUAUGGAUUCUUUGAAUCUGUCAAAGUUGAGAAUGUCCACAGGUUGCCACCUGAUCUCUAUUCAGCACCCAUCAUGGCUUUCCCAUGCUCACUGUCCUCCCAGAGUGAUCAGGAUGAGGCAGUCAAAACUCAGCAGUUGAGUUUCCUUAAGGCAGGCUUGCUUGGAGGAGUGUUGGAUAUGGAGAUCAGUAGUUUUGAUGAAGAACACCAUUUGUACUCAGUCACAUUGAUUAGUGCUGAGGAUAAUGAUGUGAAGAAACUGGAACCCAUUCAGAAGCUUCCCAGAAUGGAAGUUAGUCCUGUUGCUGAGACAGAGGAAUUGUCACCUCAGGGUGGCUAUUUGUACUAUGAGACAAUCAUGGGAGAAGCAUUGGGUAAAACACUGGAAGCAGAAGAGGUGCAGGUAGGCUCUGUCUUUGUGGGGUAUGUCGAGCAUGUCCAGAAUCCAAACCACUUUUGGAUCAGAACACAGAAACGCAAUGAUGAGUUUGAAGAAAUGUUGACAAAAAUGGCAGAUCACUUCAGUCAAGUAAAGCUGGAUGAAGACGUACUGUUGAAUCCUGAGCUUGGGGCAUUGUGCUGUGCAGUUUAUGAGAAAGACAUGCAUUUCUACAGGGCUGUAGUGACAGACAGUCUUGAGCAUGGAAGUGAAGUUCUUUUUAUCGAUUUUGGAAACAUUGAGAAAGUGCCACACACGUUGAUCAAGAACAUACCAAAGGAAUUUGCUAGCAAAUCAGCAUUUGCCUUUUGUUGUACUCUUGUCAACGUUUUUCCUUCAGAUGAUGUCUGGACCAGUGCUGCCUCUGAUUUUUUCAGACAAGCUGUGUCAAACAAAGCCCUUCUAAUCCAUAUUGUCCACAUGAGAAAAAACAAAUUUGUUGUUGACCUUUAUGAGAUGGGAAGUGACAACAAUCAGAGUAUCACUGAUCUCCUUAUCUCUUCCAAACAUGCUGAUCACUGGAGCAACACUUCCACAGCACCUGCAGUGCAAAACAACACAGAUGUGACAGAAAAAACAAAGCGCCCAAAAUAUAGUGUGACAUCAAACAUCGGUGGGAAUAUGGAGCAAUGGGAUGAUUCUGAGAAUGAAAAGAACACAUGCAGAAAUGAAAUUAAGAAAGCUCAGGCCCCUGCCAGCAUCAAAGCUAUAAGUAUCAAGCCAGGGUGUGAGUUUGCCGUGCAAUGCUCUCACAUCAAUUCUCCAUCAGAUUUCUGGUGCCAGCGGCAAGAUAAAGUUCCAGCUUUGGAAGAACUGAUGGAUAAAGUUCAGCAAUACUACUCAACCAACAUAGAACCCCUCCAGUCAGGGGCUUCAUGUUGUAUUGCCAAGUCACCUCAAGAUGGGAGAUGGUACAGGGCCUUCAUCACAGAAAAACAGGAAAGUCAUGCCAGGGUGAUGUUGGUUGAUUAUGGCUUUACUUUCCAAAUCAAUGAGCAUGAUCUUCAGGCAAUAAUGCCAGAAUAUGUUUAUUUGGAAGGACAAGCUUUCAGGUGCAGUUUUUCCACCCUGAUCGAACCUACAGAUUCCAAGAACUGUGGGGAGUGGAGCCCUGAGGUCUCUAAGUUGGUGAAAGAUUUUGUCCUCAACAGCACCAGCAGUCUAAGAUGUAAAGUUGUCUCUCAACUGCACAUGAAAAACAAAGGGCUGUGUAAUGUUGUGGACCUCUCCAACACCCAAACCCAACAGAGCAUAACACAUUGGCUCGUGGAACAGGGCCUGGCAAGAGAAGCAACAGUCUCAACAAAGCAACUGUCAACAGUGUCACCUGAGUCUUUUGUCUACUCUUCAUUUGAUCUAAGUCCUGGAAAUGAAGAGCAAGUGCAUGUGACUCACGUUAGUAGUCAGUGGGAAGUCUACUUCCACUUAGAGAGAAACACCAAAAUCAUUGAAGAGCUUGAAAAUAAAAUUGUAGAGGAGAGUGAGAAAAUGAUGCAAGCCAGUACAAGACCUGUUGUGAAGACGUUGUGCCUGGCAAAAUACUUUGAUGGCAAAUGGUACAGAGGCCUGGCACAUCCUGUUCAGUCGCCUCUGCAUCUCAGUGUGUUUUUUGUGGAUUAUGGAAACACAAAUAUAUCUGAGAAAACCCAUGUGAUGUUCAUUCUCAGGGACUCUGCUGAUUUGCUGUACACACCCAUGCAGGCUGUGAGAUGUUGCCUUUCUUCAGUGUCCAAGGAGGAGCUCUAUGCAGAUGUCAAGGAAUGGCUUGAUAAAGCUGUCCUCAACAAGCAAGUGAAAGCCAUGAUACAUGGAAAGAGCGAAGAUGGUUCAUUUGAUGUUGAGCUGUUUGAUGGAGACGUUAAUAUCAAUGAAAAGGUAAAGGAGCUCAUUCUCAGUCUUUCACCUAAACCAAAGACAGUUGUUAGUUUUGACACAAGCAGCAGAAAGACAAAACCUGAAAGUCUCUACAAAGGAAACACAAAGACCUCAGUCAAAUACAAGAGUCAGCGGCAGUCUUCAUAUUCUCCCUCAUCAAAUUCCCACAGAGGCACACAAGUUGGGAAUGCACCCCCAAAAAAGAGAGAAAACACAAAUCACUAUGUGCAUGUGAAAGCUCAAAACAAGAACCCAAAAGUAAGACAACCAAAUAAGUGCAAGACAAAGACCUGCGUCCCUGUAAAACCAUUGGAAAACCCUGAAGUAAAACAACUAAUAGGGUACCAGGAUACAACCUCAGAGUCAGAGCAACCACAACACACAAACAAAACAGAGAUCCCUCAGGUCUCAUGUUUGCCUGACAAAAAAGUGAGUGCAGACCUCAGGACAAAGUGUUUUGUCUCACACAUCAACUCAGUCAGGAGCUUUUUCCUUCAGGUGUCAGAGGAUGAACCUGCCAUCCUGAAAAUAGUUGAAGAUCUUAACUCAAGUAACUUCAGAAAUUCCUUACAGACUCCCACAUCUUUGAGAAUCAAUGACGUUGUUCUGGCUGAAUAUGAAGAGGAUGGCGCCCUUUAUCGUUCUGUUGUGAGGGACUGUGAGGGGAGUUCUGGCUUCAAAGUUGAGUUUGUUGACUAUGGGAACUCAGCAGUCGUGGGAAAGGAGAAUAUUUACUUAAUACCAAUGGAGCAUCUCUCUCAGCCAAGAUUCAGCAUAUCAUGCUCCCUGUUGGACACAAGCUCUUAUGAAAAUGAUGCUUCUUUCAGCGAUGCUGUAAUGGAGAAGCCUCUCAUGGUCGAGUUUGUCAUUCAAAAUGGAACUCAUUGGGAAGUCAAGAUUGAGAUUGUUGAUGGAGAGGAUGGUCUUCCAGCAGCACUUGAAGCAGCUGUUGAAAACAGUCCCAAAAAGGAAAAAGAAGACGAACCUCCUGUGAGUUCAACUGGAAUAGAAGAGAAAGUAGGAUACUGUGAUCAGAACUACCUCAGAAUAGAAAUGAGUGAGAAUGAAACAACGAAAUCUGAAAUGGUGGUAGCAAACAAGAGUGACUCGAAGAGGAAUCAGAGGAAAGCAUCAACAUCCCCUGUCAAAGCGAUGAAAGAUCAUGCUGAUGUAUUCAAACCUCCAACUAUUCAAGCUAAAGACAGGGAGAAUGGAACAGUUCUGUCAGUCCAGAGUAAUGGUGAUUUUUAUGUCAGACUUGAAAGUGCUAAUGACCUGUUUGCCACUUUGGAAAGUUGCAUAGCUGACAGCCUAUACAAAUGUGAGAUGGUGGUUAAAGAGAAUGUCAAACAAGGCCUCAAGUGCUUAGUUCAGGUACACAAGGACGACAAAUGGCAGAGGGCUGUUGUUCAGCAUGUAGGUGGGGAAAAAUGCAAGGUCCUGCUGGUGGAUCAUGGAAUAACAGAAGAAAUUCCAAGUGGCUCAAUUCGACGACAGUGUGGUGACCUGACAGAAAUCCCAAACCUUGCAGUUCUAUGCAAGAUAGAUGGGUUAAGUGAUGGGGAGGCUAGUCACAAAUUGUGGUACGAAACUCUCAAACCAAUGAUAGGAAAAGAAAUAAACCUGGUCUUUGUGUGCUACUCAGAAGCUGAGAACCAUUGGAUGGUUGAAAUAGUCAUGAAUAGACUGCUCCUUGGUCAUGAAAUUACAACAUCAGUACAGGAAAAUGAAGAGAUGAUCCCGUCACCCACUGAAACCCCAAAUGAGGCUGUAGAGGAGGAACCCAUGUUGGAUGCAGGCCCUCCUCAGCAACUUGCCUUUGCUCCUAUUGAAAUAGACAAAGUAUAUUUUGGGUUUGCUGCUGCAGUGACAACUCCCUUUGAGUUCUGUGUUACUCUUGAGGACUUUCUUCUAAUCAUGAACAAAGUGUCCAUCAUGUUGGAUGACCUCCCUGGACAGAUGUCUCCUCUCCCUGAAGCCCACCUUGUCCAUGGCACCUGUUGCUUGUUAAAAUCAGACUCCAAGAACAAGUGGUGCAGGUCUGAAAUUGUGUAUGCAGACACCACUGUGGUCCUAAACCUGGUGGAUUAUGGCCAUUAUGAAUGCAUUCCUUACAAAGACCACUCCAAAUUGAAGAGGCUUCCAGAGGAGCUAUUGAAUCUGCCAAAAAUGACACAUCCAUGCAUUCUGCGAGGGGUGAAGCCAGUUGGAGUGGACGAACAGUGGACUGAUGAGGCAGCAGUCUUCUUUCAGCAAUGUUUGUUCCAGAAGAACCUCCAGAUCUUCUUCAGAGAGUUUGUGUCAAACACACACUGGAAGGUGGACAUUUUGGCAGAUGGUGUCCAUGUUGCCAAGGAGCUGGUGGAUGCUGGACAUGCCAGUUAUAUAGACAUCAUGCUAGGACUCAGGUUCCAGGAACAGAGCUUUCAUAAAGUCCCUCCUCAAGGCCCUGACAGUGAGGAAGAGUGUGCCCAGGAAGAUGAAGGCUCUGAUGGGAAAUCAGAUCUUCCAGCUGAAGUCACUGAGGAAGUUGAGGGGAAGAUGCCACUUGACAUUUUGUCUGGAUCAAGUCGCUGUUUCCUGAUGUGAAGGCAACAGUGGGUUAAACUUACGGCUAAGAUCAGCGGCAAGACCUUGCAGCAGAUUCCUGGGUACCAAGCAUCACAUUAAUACAAGUGUGAUACUGCUUCUUGUUUUGGUUAAAUGCUGAGCCUCAACAUUUUCAGAGUGAGUGCUGCUCCAGAACCAUGUUAACAUAAUUUUAAUAUACCAAUGCUAUCUCUAAUUCACCUUAAAAUGUUACUUUGAAGACUUAGUUGCCCUCAUUUCAUUGGGAAAGUGAUGUUUUGUUUUGUUGGCUUGGUUUGAUAACUUCAUUUUGAAAAAGUCAGCAGCACCACGUUCUUUUCCUCAAAUG